UAUCGCUGUGUUACAUACAAAAUCCGCAAUAAUGGAAACGAAAUAAAUUAUACUACUAAUUCAAGGUGCAAGUAAAACAAAAAAGACUAUAAUUUUGAGGUAAACACUAAAUGAAGUGUUCAAAUCUACAUAACAUAAAAGAAUACUUUCCUGAGUACAUGGUUAGUUUUUAGUAUAAUUUUGGGUUGCGAUGAUGCGUACAAAUAGUAAUCUAAAAGUUACAAAGAAAAAUAUUCUUAAAAGAAAAAUAUUUAUGUUACGUGAAUCUGUUUUAACAGAAAACCCCAAUUUUGCAACAAUUAAAAGUAUUUUGUACUGUGUGUUAUUGGGGUUCAUACUAAUAGAUGUAACUGUUAGUUUUGUUUUAAAGCAAAAGGUGACUUAUGGUUUGUAUUUACUUCAACAUGGAUUUGAUAAAUUUCCAAUAACAUUAAUGGUGUGGUGUUUAUUUUUUUGUUUUAACUUAUUGACAUACUUUUUUUACAAUUUUUGGAGCAAUUUAAGAAUAAAAUUUGCAGCUCUUUCAAAAUUAUUGGAUUGGAUAUUUCUAGUAAUAUUUUUAUCGUACAUAGCAGGAAUUUUAUAUUUAGUACCGUUUGUUGUUAAAAAUAUUAAAAUGGGAUUAGUUGCAGCUUUCGUUUUUUGUAUAGAACAAAUACGAUUAUUAAUGAAAUCUUACGCGUUUAUAAGAACAAAUGUGCCAAAUGUACUUAAUUAUCAACAACAUACAGAUAAAAUGUUUUUUAGACCAACAUUGAAACAUUAUUUAUAUUUUUGUUUUGCACCAACGCUUGUUUAUAGACAUGAAUAUCCACGCUAUAACGUAAUCCGUUGGACGUUUGUGACACAACAUUUCUUUGAAUUCGUGGCUUGUAUUUGGACAGUCAGUUAUGUGGCCGAAACAGUGUUUCUAUACAAAAUCCAGAAUAUUGAUAUAAGUGAAAAUUUCUUUAGCCAAGUUUUUAAAAUCAUUAUUGAAGGUGCCAUAGCUGGUCUCAUAGCAAAAUUACUCCUUUUUUAUGCGGUCUUACAUUGCUGGUUAAAUGCGUUUGCUGAAAUGCUGCGUUUUGGAGAGAGACAAUUUUAUACUGAUUGGUGGACUGCAACAAACUAUAAAAUAUUUUUCCGAAAAUGGAACAUUGUUGUUUCUGAUUGGUUGUACGAAUACAUCUAUCAAGAUUUUUUCGAGACCAUCACACCCAACUCAAGAACCACACCAAAACUCAUAGUUUUCUUAAUAUCGGCUAUUUUCCAUGAGUACAUCGGCACAGUUUUUUCGCAACAUUUUUUUCCGCUUUUGUUUUUAAUAUUUCUCAUUUCCGGCUUAGCAUUUACACAUAUCAACACCAAACAUCGACUUUUUAAUAUUCCUUUUCUGUAUUUUACCGGUUUAGGAGUCGCACUGCUCUCCACAUUUUACGCUAUUGAGUUUGUGGUUAAUCAAAAUUGUGCAAUCAAUAAAACCAAUGUAUUGUAUAAUUUAAUUCCUAGGAUAUUGAGGAAUGAGUGUGUAAAUUUUAUUUAAAAAUUUUUUUUUAUAAUUAUUUUACGUUUAUUAAGAAUCUUAUAAUAAUCAGGUACAAUAUGACUCAAUCAAUACACUGACCACCAAAUGAACAGGAUUAUCCAAAAUGUGGCAUCUUUUAUAUACACCUGUGUAUAGUAUCUCUACAAGUUUUUGCAUAUUUAAAUCUUUAUCAAAUAUGUUCUAUAAAAUUUUAUAGAUUA